AUGUCGCAUCUCGACAUCAAGCGCAUCGGGCAGAGAGCCCUGCACCGCUGCCUCCCGGCGCCGGGUGCGCCGCUCCCGCGAGGGGUGAAAAUGAAUGAACAGACUGUGUGUGCAGUAUACCUUGGAGAAAAUUUCUGCCUCUAUUUUGCAGAUGAUGAUGGGCUGGAGUGCGAUGCCCUUUGUAAGGAAAAAACUCUCCACCGAGUCCUUCGAAAUGUAAAUAGCCAGCUGCUUGUGGUUCGACCAGAUUUAAACAUGGCAGCUUUUGAAGAUGUGACAGAUCAGGAGAUGAAAUCUGGCAAUGGAAUGCACUUCAACAUUCACUAUUACAAAACUACUACACCUUCAUCAGGGAUGCCUGUUGCAUUCAGCAUCCAGGUAGAAGAUAAAAGUUAUUACAUGUGUUGUGAGAAUGAAUGUGGAAAAAUGACAGUUCGAUUCAGGGAAGGUGAAGUUCCCAAAGAAAUUCCUGGUGAAAGUAACAUAAUCUUUUUCAAAAAGACAUUUACAUCUUGUAGCUCCAGAGCAUUUAAGUUUGAAUACUCACUAGAACAAGGAAUGUUCUUGGCCUUUGAGAAAGAAGGCUACUUAAGAAAAUUAAUUCUGAAGAAGCUGUCAAGAGAAGAUGAAGUAGAUGAAACCAUGAAGAUAAGUUUCUAGCUUCAGUCACCAGCUGUGAAAGUCACCACCUAUGA